CCGCCCACUCCACCUCAGUGCUGGGCUCUCUUCCUGCGCAGUUCUCCGCCGCAGCCUCCGCGGGCAAGCGCCGGGGCUGCUUUCAAUCUCCUGGCUGCGAGGAGGCAGCCCCGGCGAGCUGUCGUGCGCCCCGUCCAGAGGAACUGAGUGCGGGGCACAGCGUAACUGACAGCGCGUCUGCUCACAGUUCCCGCCGCCCGGACUUAGCUUUCCAACCCCGGCUUCUCGUAGGCAUCAUGUCAAGAGCCGUCGCCGCUGCAACCGCCGCCGCCACCCGGAGAAGAGCCGCAGCUUCGGCAGCCGCGCGCGCACGAGGGCAAUAAACCGAAUCACUCCGGGCUCAAAGUGGCAGGGGACCGUCGCGGUGCUCUCUGUUCCGGCGGGACUCGUGCCAUGUGCUGAGCCAUGCCCCUGGCCGCGCCCGCGGGCCGCGUAUGGGGCAGCGCCUGAGCGGCGGCCGGUCCUGUCUCGAUGUCCCGGGCCGGUUCCUGCCGCAGCCGCCGCUGCCCCCGCCGCCGGUGAGGAGGAAGCUCGCGCUGCUCUUCGCCAUGCUUUGCAUCUGGCUGUACAUGUUCUUGUACUCGUGCGCCGGCUCCUGUACCGCAGCUCCCGGCCUGCUGCUCCUGGGCUCGGGGUCCCGCGCCACUCACGCUCAGCCAGCCCUGGUCACAGCUCCGAAUGAGACAUCCCCUAAGAUGCUCUUCCGGGCACCUCCGGCCAACUCGCUGGCUGCAGGCAAGGAUAAGACAGUAGGCGCCGGGAGCCAGGAGGAGCAGAGUCCCGAGGCGCCGGACUCCCCCAGUCCCAUCUCCAGCUUCUUCAGCGGCGCUGGGAGCAAGCAGCUGCCGCAGGCCAUCAUCAUCGGGGUGAAGAAGGGCGGCACGCGGGCGUUGCUGGAGUUCCUGCGCGUGCACCCCGACGUGCGCGCCGUGGGCGCCGAGCCCCACUUUUUCGACCGCAGCUACCACAAGGGUCUUGCCUGGUACCGGGACCUGAUGCCCAGAACCCUCGAGGGACAGAUCACCAUGGAGAAGACGCCCAGCUACUUUGUGACCCGGGAGGCACCUGCGCGCAUCUCGGCCAUGUCCAAGGACACAAAGCUCAUCGUGGUGGUGCGCGACCCGGUGACCAGGGCCAUCUCGGACUACACGCAGACGCUGUCCAAGCGGCCGGACAUCCCCAGCUUCGAGAGCCUGACGUUCCGCAACCGCAGCGCGGGCCUCAUAGACACGUCCUGGAGCGCCAUCCAGAUCGGCCUGUACGCCAAGCACCUGGAGCCCUGGCUGCGCCACUUCCCGCUCGGCCAGAUGCUCUUCGUGAGCGGGGAGCGGCUGGUCAGCGACCCGGCCGGUGAGCUGCGCCGCGUGCAGGAUUUCCUGGGCCUCAAGCGCAUCAUCACCGACAAGCACUUCUACUUCAACCAGACCAAGGGCUUCCCGUGCCUCAAGAAGGCGGAGGGCAGCGGCAAGCCGCACUGCCUGGGCAAGACUAAGGGCCGCGCGCACCCCACCAUCGCGCGCGAGGUGCUGCGGCAGCUGCGUGACUUUUACCGGCCCUUCAACCGCAAGUUCUACCAGAUGACCGGCCGCGACUUCGGCUGGGACUGAGUCUCCCCUCACAGCUUAUCUAUUGAGAGAGAGUAUAUGUAUGUAAAAUGUACAGAAAUCUAUUUUAUAAUAAUUUAUUUUUAAUUCACGAGCAAUUAAUUCACUAAGCUGCCUAGCCACAAUCUGCAGAGAGUUCGAAUCACGGUCUGUUAACAUUCCAAAGUGUUUAACUCCGAUGUUUUGUUCUGUCCCUCACAAUCGAUGGUGCUUCCACGUUCUCUUCCCCCUCUCCCCACUGUAUUUAAGAAGAAGAAGAAAAGCACAACUUGAGAAUUUUUGUUACGGGUAUUCAGCCUUCAGUCACCUUGGGUCUUCCACCUGCUAUCUCCUUGGGUCUUGGCUGCCUCAGCUGGGUGUGGUAUUUUCUUGUCUGGAUACCCUCCCGGAAGCACUGAGCUGCCUCAGUGUGCUGUAGUCGGAAGGUGGAAGUUCACUUAAGCAGUUCGUUACCCUCAGUGACGUAGCACCAAGGUGCAUUUCUCCCGCCUCCCUUACAGGGAUGUCCUUAUGAGCCUGACUCUCCUCCUCUUCUACCCUCUGUCCAUUAUUCAGCUGGAAGUGUGUGCAAACACUUGAUCCCUUUCCCAGGUCCCAUGAGUCAGAGGCUUGGGUGCUGCUUUAAAAAAAAAAAAGUGACAUCUCCUUUGCAUAAGAGGGUGCCACACUCCUUUCUUCAGUCAGACAGUCAUGCUAUGACACACCAAAGACUCUCCCAGGAUUCCAUACAUAGGCAGCGGCACAAACCUAGGAUGCUGGAUGUUGAGGCCCACAGGGGCCAGAUGUACCUCUUGACAUGCAGCAUUUAUAGAGGUGUUGCUCUGUGUAGACCAACCUAGUGUUGGGCAGGAAGCUCAUGGCCUCAGUAGAGAGAUCUGGCAAGCAGCCCAGCAGAGGAAGAGGGUGCCCAGCAUUACAGACAAAAGCCUCUGGGUUCUUAGCCCAUCCCAGAGAUUAUGACAUGGUCUGUAGGCAGUGUCCACAGCAGGCUUUGAAGGAUGGACCUAUUGGGCCUAGGCUGGGAAAGCUGGCUGCUCGCAGUACUCGAGUCUGACUCUUGUGCAGCGUCCUCUGAGGUAGUGGAGUUUUAGCAGAGAAGUCCCCAGCUUUGCUGCUAAUAUGUAGAUGGUACUCCCUGUGCCUCUGUGUUGGGAGGACACUGGAGGGUCCUUUGGCUAGUUAGUGGCAGUUGGAUAACUGUACUUAGAUGACAUCAUGAUUCAGUUAAUCUUCAGUUUCUUAAACCAGAAGGCUUCUACCCCCAAAAGGAUUGGUGUCUGAGUUAGACUUUCAUCAAGAAUGAGUAGAUGGUUGAAAUGACUGCAUUGUGAACUUUGCAGAGGAUUUUUUUUUUUUUUUGAUACUUUUUGGGCUAACUUGACGGGAUAAGCAAAGUUACAUGGAAAGAGAAGAUAUACUGUCUUUAGAAACUAGUGAGAGAGGUGUCUCUAAGGAUAUUUUGAUAACCAAGUUUGUGGUUUUCUACAAGUUAUAGCCCAGCUUGAAUUAGCUCAUUCUGGGCCACAAAAUGGUCCCUGGGCUAUAUUCAUCCUUUAGAUGUUACACCUAUUUCUUCCCUCUUUUCUUUUUGCUUCUGCAGAGCUGGGGGUAGAAUCCUGGGCCUAUUGCAUACUAGGCAAACACUGAGCCACAUUCCCCAGCCCAUUUCACAGUCGUUUGCUCAUUUUCUUCUGUCCAUACUUAGUAUGGUGCACAUUGAAGCUAACCCCACACUGCCAGCAGAAUUCCCUGGCUGGCAGCUGUGUGGAGACCCCUGCACGCAAGGUGCUCACCCGCCUGUGCUCCUACUGUGCAGAAGGCUGCUUGCCAUCAGAACAAGGGUCACUCCCCUCACAUACAGCAGAAUCUUGCUCACAGCCAGAGGCAGUUGUCAAAGGCCUUCAACCAAGGCUUGCUGGCUGCUCCCGGAGUCUGAUGUGACUCAUGAAGUAGAAAAAGCAAAAAGAGUUCAGAGAAUGGUACAUAGCCAAGUGGGGGGAGGGAGGGGAGAGAUGUGUGAGCCCUCCUGCUCUCUUCCCAAGCUGGACACCUUUAAUUUUUUUUUUAAUUAAGUUGUUUAUUUUUUUAAUUAUUAUUAUUAUUUUGCUUGAGAAUAUAACAAAAACAAGACAUACUGAGGUAGAAGGAAGUCAUUUAGUCAUGAGCACUGAAGUGAGUUAGGAGUCUGUUCUGGGUCAAAUCCUUGGAUCUGAGCAGAUGUCGAUAAUUAGUGGUGAUGGAGCAGGGUGAGAUUUUCAGUGUUAGUCAAAUAAAUCAAACAACAUGUGCACCUCUUUGGUCAGGCCCCACUGCUUGUAGUCCCUGGAUGAUCGGAUGCUGCAUCUGCCCAAGAUGCCGCUCCAUCAUCAUGUGAUAGUCGUUAAACACAGGGCCUCUUCUCGGAGGAGUUAGGGAACAUGGAGAAUUAAGCCUUAGGUCUGUCUCUUCCUGCACUGGCCAUCUGCAAGCCCACUGAGUGUCACUUCUGAGCUGCUAGGCUGCUAGGAGACAGACACCAGUUCCUGUCCUGGCAGUUUGUCCUGCUAGGAGACAGACACCAGUUCAUGUCCUGGCAGUUUGUCCUGCUACGUGUUUGGUAUUUUUUCCCCCAGUUUAUAGAAAAGCUAUGGCAUAUUCCUGGUGUACUUUAUUUCUGAAAAGUUUCAUUUCUUUCCUUGUUUGAAAACAAAAAAGUACACCCCCACCCCCCGUGUUUGUUUGUUUUUUAAAUUCCUAUCCAUGGAAAGCCUUCUCUCUGGGGAUGUUUGCAUGUAGGUCUGUGUUCGUUUACUCUAGCAUUUACAAAGGUAACUUCAGGCAGAGUGACUAUGGAAUAAAGUCUUCAUUGAGUGGUGGAGAGAUGGGGGGUGGGCUCUUUGGGAGUCCUUCCCAGUGACAGAUGCACUUCAGUCUUUGGGAGAAACCCAGGUGUAGAUCAUGCCUGACUGCUCUCCUAAGAACGGGAAAUGGAGGCUCCAACAAGUCAGUGAGAAUCAGAGGUGUUGAUGUGGGCGCCGGGGGUCAGUUCUCUUUUCAGUUUUCCAUAUAAAUGGUUAAUGAAUUUUGAAGGUGUGGUUAGUUUUUUAUUUCAUUUUUAUAACAUUAAUUUAUGACUUGAGUUUCAUUCAGCCCAGUAAUCAAAAGUGCUGUGCAAAUUCUCGCAGUAUGUCUUCUAUAACGUGGAUGUUAGAAUAGCCAAUAUGUACAAAAAAAAGAAUUAAAUCAAGUAUUUUGUCCUAUGUAUAACACAAAUUAAUUUUACACAGAGAAAGAUGUUUCUAGGAAAAUGAAAUUCUGGUAAUUCAUACUUUUUCUUUGUAUGAACAAAUAAAAUAUAUUUUACCAACA